ACCCAAAAAAAAAAAAAACAAACAAGUUGUGUACUCUAAUUUAUUUAAAAUUCAACAAGUUGCAACAACAACGACGCCCAAAGUGAACUGGGAAAGUGAAUAAUUGGGUUGAGGAAGCUAGAGCAGGCUGAAAACUGAGAGGCCAAGCAGAAACCAGUCGCAUAUAGCUAUGGAUCCAGUCUUAUACAACGCAGCCAAAGAGGGAAAUGCUGAUAUCCUCAUACAAAGAGUUGAUCAACUUGAAGUCCAAGUGACCCCCAACAAAAACACGGUUCUCCACAUCGCAGCUCAAUUCGGCCAAACACAAUGUGUGAAAGAGAUCUUACACAACUGCGGUCAAUCACUGCUUUGUUCUUUGAAUGUCAGAGGUGAGACUUGUCUUCACAUUUCCGCAAGGGAAGGACACACCGCCACAGUACAAGCACUCAUUGAUUAUGCGAAAUCAUUCGAAGGGGACCCCAGAAGCUGGAGUACUAGAGCUACUAAGGAUAUGCUCAGGAUGAGGAAUGUGGAGGAUGAGACGGCCUUGUACGAGGCUGUUCGAAAUAAUCAUCUUGACGUCGUUACAAUUUUGAUUGCAGAAGACCCCAAGUUUUUACAUCCACCCAACAAAGCCAAGGAGACUCCCCUUUACCUGGCUGCCCAAGGAUGUCAUCUUUCUAUUCUGUCCAAAAUUUUGGAUAAUAUGAUUAUUUCACAAGCUUACAUUGGUCAAAAUGGUAUUGAGUUCAAUAUUUUGGAAAAUAUCAUUUCAAAAGGAUACAUUGGUCUAAAUGGUGUUCCGUCCAAAAUUUUGGAAAAUUUCAUUUACAUUUCAUCACAAGCUUACAUGGGUCCAGAUGGACGAACAGCUUUACACGCGGCAACAAUUUCUUAUCACCCAGAAUGUAUAAAAAAAUUACACGAUUGGAAGUCAUCACUAAUCAAGCAAGGAGAUGUAUAUGGAUGGAGACCGCUUCACUAUGCUGCAUGGUUUGGUAAUGUAUCAGCAGUUAAACAGCUACUUGAUCUGGAUAAAUCUGUGGCAUACCUUGCUGCACAAGCAGAUGACAAUAUAACGGCUCUUCACUUAGCAGCUAGUCAAGGUCAUCUAGAUAUCAUGAAAACACUUCUUUCGUACUGUCCAGAUUGCUGGGAGAUGACCAACAGAAAAGGCCAGAAUAUCCUUCACAUAGCAGUGGAGCAUGAGAAAAAUGAAAUAAUCAAAUUUAUCUUUGAAAAUUCCUUUUCCAACAGCCUCAGAAAUCAGAAAGACAGAAAUCGAAACACACCUGAUCUGCCCUCACAGGUACCAGAGGUGGGUUACCGAAACAAAUUCAAAGGAAACGAAUCUGCUCGAUUAAACAAGUUGACUGCUAAAAUUUCGGACUACAAUUUGAUAAUUGCUACACUUGUAGCAACCGUGACAUUUGCAGCUGGUUUCACCAUACCAGGUGGCUAUGAUGGUAACGAUGGGCCAAAUCAAGGUAUGGCAGUUUUAAUAAGACGAGCAGCUUUCAAAGUAUUUGUUGUGACGGAUGCUAGUGCUAUGAUCUUCUCCAUUAGCGCUCUAUUUACCCACAUAUCUGCAUCCACUUAUGAAGAUGAAGAUAAGCGCGCUAACGGCUAUCGCAAUGCUCUUGCAACCAUUAUAUGCGCCAUUGGAGCAAUGGUGGUUGCAUUUAUGACUGGCUUUUAUGUUGUGUUGGCACAUUCACCAGUCCUCGCUAUCAGUGUAAUCGUCAUCUGUUCCCUCUUUCUUCUAAAUGCAAUAGGUUUGUUCAUGGAGGCAUACCUUGCAGUAGCUGUUGACCUUAAAAAUGAGGUAAUGACGUUCUUCGUUGAUUUGGCAAGCCCUGUAGUCGGGGGAAAUCGCAUAGUCGUCAUUACAAAAGCGAUUCUCGUCUUCGGCUUCUAUGGAUCGAUUUGUAUUCUGAUAUUAAAAUAUAGAUUUAAGAAAUUUUAGUGAAAGAAAAACAUGAAACAAGUGAAAAUUUCUCAAGACAUGAUCAGUUGGGAGAGAACUGUAUGCUGGAGGACUGGUAUAAAGAAUGAAGAAGUCUCUCCGCACAUCUCAACAUUACAGCUUUAUUUUUUUCAUGUACUUUACUUGCUUUCUAGUUUCAUAUUUAUUUUCAGCAGUUAGUGUAGCUGUAGUUUGUUGGAUCGAUCUCUCUGUUCCCCAUCUUGUAUCCAGUUAUCCAUUAGUGAAUUAUCUGGUUUGCAAAAUCUAUCAUUUCUGUUUUUGCUACAAAA